GGGGAUGACGUCAGCAGCUGAUGCCUUAGCCGGAGAGGCACUGAGCCACCUGGGGGAGGCUGAUGUAAAAAUGGAGGAAAAACGAUAAGCAACGUUUCGAAGGCGUUCUCGGGAUAUAACCAUUAUUUGGUUGGAAGUGAAGUUUUGAAAAUAUGGAUGGCCGAAAUUAUGGGUAUUCCCGUGAGCAGUACGACCGCUUCAUACAAAGCCAAGAUAGCUCUGUUGUGAACAAGUUCCAGCAGAAAUACUGGAGGACUAAGCAGACGCUGAUUAAAGUGACGGGGAAAAAGGAAGACGAACAUGUUGUUGCCUCUGAUGCAGACCUUGAUGCUAAACUGGAGGUGUUUCACUCAAUCCAAAGAACGUGUAUGGAAUUAUUGAAAGUCAUAGAGCAAUAUCAGAGGAGAAUUUGCUUUUUAUCUCAGGAAGAGAAUGAACUGGGACGUUUUCUUAGAUCACAGGGUUCACAAGACAAAACCCGAGCAGGUAAAAUCAUGCAGGCUACUGGAAAGGCACUCUGUUUCUCCUCUCAGCAGAGGCUGGCUUUGCGUACCCCCUUGUGCCGACUGUACCAGGAAGUGGAGACAUUCAGGUACAGAGCCAUCUCUGACACUUGGCUGACCGUGAACAGGAUGGAGCAAUCGAGGACAGAGUACCGUGGGGCUCUGCUUUGGAUGAAAGAUGUUUCCCAGGAGCUCGAUCCAGAUACAUUCAAGCAGAUGGAAAAGUUCCGCAAGGUUCAAGCUCAGGUCCGACUCUCUAAAACAAGCUUUGACAAGUUAAAGAAUGACGUGUGCCAGAAGGUGGAUCUCCUGGGUGCAAGUCGCUGUAACCUCCUUUCUCACGUGCUAACAAUGUAUCAGACCACACUUCUUCACUUCUGGGAGAAAACUUCCCACACCAUGGCAGCCAUCCAUGAAAGUUUCAAGGGCUAUCAGCCUUAUGAAUUCACAACGCUGAAGAGCCUGCAAGACCCCGCGAAUAAACUGACGGAUCAGGGGGCGAAGAAGAAGAGCAGGAGGAGGAUCAAGGGGAAGAAGGACAGCAGGGAGAGGUCACCUGACGUGGAUGAGCAGCUCAUUUCAUUAGACAGUGAAAAGCACAAAGAGGAAUCAAGCCAUACAGUACAUUCUGCAUCUCUACACCACAGUGGGGAAGGCUUCUCACCAGGCUUUGAAGAGGUGAAUUUAAGUGGAAACCAAAAUACAGCCCAGCACGAUCUGCUCUCAAGCCUUCCCGAGCAGGAGGGAAGUGAGAAGGACGAAAUGGCCUUACUCAGCGAGAUCCUGAACAGCACUUCUCUGGAAGAGGGGGGUUUCAGCCAGGAGUGGCAGGCGGCCUUUGGAGAGGAGACCCUUGCGAACAGUGGUGCUCAGCCAGCCGCUGGAGAGCCAGUGCAGGAGGCGUCUUCAUCGGGCUUCCUUCCUUCUCAGCUCCUGGACCAGAAUCUGAACAAUCUCCAGUCUUCCUUUGCUGAUUGGGCCAUGAGUAACCGCCAGCCGGCAACCCAAGCAUUGGAACAGUCUGGAUCUGACCAGAACAUUAGCAGGCCCUCGGUGAAAGACACCCCACAGCCAGCUAAGGACCUGUCGGCUUGGUUCAACUUGUUUGCUGAUUUGGAUCCGUUAUCCAACCCAGACGCCGUUGGAAAAACGGAUAAAGAGCAUGAACUGCUCAAUGCUUGACCCUGCAAUUAUUUAACUUGCUGUUUCAGUCUUUUUUCCCCACAUGCGACAAGUAGAUGGUGAGAGUCUCCAUUUUUGCCUUGCCACUAAAAAUACUGCUAUAGCUAAAACGUGUGUUACUGUAUCUUUUGUUCACAUUAUUUGUUCAACUUGUUAUAUAAACUGUAAAUAUUUUGAGAAAAAAAGGGCAGAUUUGUACGCUCCAUUUAAGAAUAUUUACUUGCUAAAUGGGAAAUAUGGCCUUUUUUCUGAUCAAGAAUAAUGCUUCUUAUUGUAAACAUCAAUUUAACACCCUAACAUUACAUUUCAAAGUAAUACCCAGAGGUGAUCAUUUCCCUGUGUUGAUUUCAUAAUAUUGCAUCUUAACAAAUCUUGCUUGAUAGUAAUUGGUUGAAAUAUGUCAAUGAAUAGUUGCCUACCUCAGAUAAUUAGACCAUUUUAAUUUCUGUAGUAUUAGGUUUAAAACAAAAGAAUGUAAUGUAUAAGCAAACGUAUCCAGAAUGUUUGUACUGUAAAUGUCACACUCUGGGACAAACAUCCUGGAAGAAAUGAAUUCACUUCAGUAUCCAUAUCCAUUGUUGUUCCUGAAGAGUGAACUGACUCCUCUGAACAUUUUAAAUGAUCUUCCCUUUUCAUAAAUGUUUUACAGUACCCCAGUCUCAAAAUAUUUUAAUCAUCAUUCCAGAAUGAAUAUGAAUCUUCUCUGCAGUGUCUCUAAACGUUGUUUCCUGCCACAUGCACAUUUGUACUAGUGUUGCAAAACUGAGUGUGCUAUCUUUGACAAUCCAUCACUGCAUGAAUAGUUCACAUGGAAAAUAAACUGGCUUAUUUCAUUCAUUGUAUUUGCAUAAGAUCAGAAUAUAUACAGUGAUGAGAAUGAUUAUAAUUAGAAGCUUUCAGAAUUUUAUAAUCACAUUUGCAGUGUCCAUGUGGAAGUCUGUUUUGUUCAGUUAUAGAUGAUGUAUUCACAUCAUUAAAGUGAAUAUUUUUAAUCAAAACUCAAACUGAAUAAUUAGGUGAAAGAAGUUAAAUGUAAACAGAAAAAUGCAA